CAGCUGAUAGCUCUUUCUCAAAUUCGCGAAAAAAUUUGCAGCGUUCUUUGAUAAGAUAACAUAAAAUCCUCAAAACAACGAACUAAUCGGAGUGCUUGAGCCCAAAGAGCCUAUGGCGGAAGCGGGUCGAACCCCGCCCAGUCGAGAAAUGUGAUCGGGCCGCGGCAGCAGGCAGAACCGCAGAAUUGGAAAGUUUUCAGUUGGAGCACCCCGCAGGAAAAUGGACGACAGCGAGCUGAUUUGGCCCGAGAUUGGUGUGGAUCCGCAGCAUGUGUGCCAAGUGAGCGGCGAGGGGAGAUUCCAAGUGAUCUGCGACAAGGCAUGGCUGCAAUCGCUGGAGCGGAACAAGCGGCUGACUCACUUUCCCAGCUGGCCACAGUUGGAUCGCAGGGCCUAUCCCACGGGGCAGCUGGAGCACCCCUGGACACGGAUUCUGGUGCAGACCUACCGCAAACAGCCCCAGUCGAGGGUAUACCCACUGCCGAGGAUCUCUGCAGAGGCAUCUUCAGUGAACUUGCCCCUCUCCUACUCGCAGGCAGUGUCAUUCGUGACUCACAGCAACUUUAAGCAAUUGUGGGAGGAUGCCUACAGGAAGUACGAUGGCGCCCAUGUCAAGCUGUGCAAGUCGUCAACUUCGGCACCCUCGGCAAAGCCACCCAGUGGCCAGGGACAACUCCAACCGCAUGAUGUGGUGCUCAAGGAGCUCAUUCAACGCGUCUACCAAUGCCCCGUGCUACAUUCUCAGUUGGAUCGCGAGGGAAAUGGUGACUCUCCCACUACCACAUCGAAUUCCCUGGGCAACUGUCACGCCAACGUCUUGCCCGCCCUUGUGGCCAUCGAGUCCUCCACGCACUUUAGCGUCUUCUUUUAUCCACCGGCUUUGGAAUGCAACCUCUACGAUUGCAUCACCUUCAGUCCGGCACUAUUGGGAAAGAACUACAACAAGACGCUGUUUGUGAUCUACCAGAUCUUGCAGCUGGCCAAGCAUCUCCAAGGACAGGGAAUCUUUCUGGGCGAUCUACGUCUUCAGCAUAUCGUGCUGCGCGAAAAUCUCUGGCUACAAGUGAUCCCACGGCUGCAGUGCAAUCUUCUGGAGGAUGAUCCAGCGGGAGACGACCUAUCGCCUCUGUCUCCUCUGGCCAGCGAGGAUUUGGGAGAGGCUGGUGAGCCGCAGCAGCCUAGGCCCUCUAGCGGCACCAUGUUUGACCUGCGAUUCGCCUACGAUCCCGCCCACUUCAAUCUGCGCGAGUAUGCCGAGAUGUGGUGCAAUGGACAGUUGUCCAACUUCGACUACCUUACCAUCCUGAAUAAUGCGUGUGGCAGGAGUCUGACCAAUGCCGCUCACCACCACAUCAUGCCCUGGGUGACUGACUUCAAUGGACGCGGAGCAGCUACCUGGCGAGAUUUGACCAAGAGCAAGUAUCGCCUGAACAAGGGAGAUGUCCAUCUGGAUCUCAUGUACGCCCAUGCAAGUCAGCAUGGAGGCGCAGACGGCGCUUAUCAACCUGUCGGCGACCAGGCGCCUCACCACGUCUCCGACUUUCUUUCCGAGAUAACUUAUUUUGUGUACAUGGCGAGGAGAACGCCACAGGCCGUCCUCUGUGCGCACGUGCGUCCCAUCUGGGUGCCGGCAGAGUAUCCGGUGUCCAUUCAGCGUCUCCAGGAGUGGACGCCAGACGAGUGCAUCCCCGAAUUCUACUCAGAUCCGAUGAUCUUCAAGAGCAUCCACGAAGAUCUGCCGGAUCUUGAGCUGCCCGCCUGGGCCACCUGUCCGGAGGACUUCAUCUGCAAGCACCGCGAGGCUCUGGAGUCGCAGUACGUCAGCGAGCGACUUCAUCACUGGAUUGAUCUCAACUUCGGAUACAAAUUAAGUGGCAAGGCGGCGGUUAAAUCUAAGAAUGUCUGCCUCACGCUGGUAGAUCAGCACAGGAAUCUCAGCCAGCGCGGUAUUGUCCAGCUAUUUGCCAAUGCUCAUCCUCCGCGUCGCUACACCACGCCCUGGUUCAGUAAAGCCGCUCCCAGGCUAAGUCAACUGUACGCCAGUCCCUCGAAGCGCCUGGCCAAAAGCACGGAAAACCUGCAAGCCGAGACUGGAACUGGAUCGUCCCACCUCUCACUGCGCCUAGGCGAUGAUGGAUCCAGCAGCUCUGUUCAUAGCAGUUCCGCAUCCGCUUCGGCUUCUAAUUUUUACGCGAUUAACAACUUUAUUGAAUUGCCGGACAACUACAAUCCCGCGCUGUUGCUUCAGAAUCUGGAGACUCUAGAGACGUUUUACACACGCACUUUCCCUCAGCAGCGGGCGUCGGCCAAUCCUGAAGAGAAAAUGAUCAGCAGUGAUCUUCUCUUUGAGCAGAACUCAGCGGAGCACUCCUUCACCAAUCAGCUCUUUGCCAGUGGUGAAGAAAUUACCACAAAAUCAAAGAAUCUUCUCAGAGAGAAAAGGAGUUCCUUGCAGCAACUUCUGAGUAACAAGAGAGAGCGGGAUCUGCAGGUCCUGGGAUGUCUUAUUGUGGAGCUCUUCGCUAUGCAACGUUUGCGUCCGCUUCUAAUGGGAAAUGGCUUGAGUGCCGUCUUUGAAGCUCGGCUCUCCGCUUGCCGAACGGUGGCUCAGAUGCAUCGCCAAGAGUUGCCUAAACCAGUGCGCCGAGUGGUACGUCUUCUGCUGCAAUUGGAGGAUUUCGGAGAGGAGGAUCAAGGUCUGCCACAACCACCAAAUCCCGCUCAGCUGGUGGAGCCCAUGUUCGCCAACCUGUUACUCCCAUUCCCCAGUCACUACAUGGCUGUGUAUGCUCUUGUCAGAUCUCUACAUGCUUUCGAGGCCAAUGCCGUGCUCCUGGAGCUACACACUCACUUCAGUUGCAAAGGAGGAAGGGAAUGCGCCAGGUACACAGAGAUGGAUCGUCAAAGAGUGCUUUUUGAACGUAAAAUCGCUGAGUGUAAGGUCAUGUCUUGCUGCGCCCAUGUAAAGAGGCUUCUGGAACCUGUGGCUUUUGCCUACGAGCAAUUUACUCCAGUGGAGCUGCUGCUUCCCCACAUCAUCGAUCUCUUGAGGGACGAACGUACAUCGAUCUUGACUGCCUGGAACUUGUUCGAUCCCAUAGCCCAGGCUUUGGGCGUGACCCAAACCCAACAGCAUCUGCUUCAGCCUCUGCUUAAGCUGUACGAUGUUGAGGGGGUCAGUUCUCCAGAUGAUGGUGGCUCCAAUGGCUCAAACAACAGUGGUGGCCAUCUUCGCUUCUCCGCCAGCAGUUCGUUUAAGUCCCGUAAGUCGGUGAAGCUUUAUCACCACAGUUUCUUGCUCCGCUUGAUCGUUCGAUUUGGACUCCGGUGCUUUCUGCAUCACUUUAUAGCACCUCUCAUUGAAGCAGUUGGUGGCUACAAGGAACCGGAACAGGGCAAUGGCUACCACUACCACAGUGGCGGUAGCAGAAGGACGAGUAAGAAUCUGAACUUUGCGGCGGAAGAAGAAGGGCACCUCACAGCUGAACCAGAAUCGAAACCCGACAUCGAAGAGCUAUUCACCUUCGAGGAUGACAGGGCGUCCACCCAAGACAGCAAAUCCAUCGACUCCUUCGACAUGCGUCCCAGCACCAGUGCUGCCAGUGCGGAGGAGGCUCGGGAGUCGGACGGAUCGCCUGAUAAACUGGUGAUCAAUGAACUUAUUUAUGGAGCCAGAAUAUCGCCAGACAAGCUCUCUUUUAGAGAGAGUCAAACGCCGCCUACACUGGUUCCACCUCCCCUGGGACCCCGCUCACCCACUAUCGAGAUUCCAGUGUGUCCAUCUGCCGGUGGCAUUCGUCGCAGUUUCCAGCUAAGCGCCAUCGAUUGCGACAUUGGCUCCCGAAAGAGUGUGGACAGCUUUGACCUGAUCAGCCAAGCGGUGGAACAGCUACCUCCUCCGGCCGUUGAUACCGAAGCGGAGGCCUCGGACUCCCUGCAGGCAUCGGUCAUCUCCCGGUUGUCGGAGGCCAAAGCCGUGCAAAACAACCGAAUCAGCGAAAUGAGCGCCGAAAGUCUGGUGUGGCUAUCGCAUCGACUAGGUCCGGUGCUCACCUCUCGGUUUAUCACCAGGAACCUUCUCAAGCUCCUCUCGCUGUGCUACGUGGGCCAGGAAAACCUGCUGCCGGAGGUGGACGAUGGUGGGUUUGCCUCCAGCCCCGAGGCGGCAAACCUCAACUACUUCAGCAUUGCCAAUGCGAGGGUCGUCGGCGAUCGGAGUGCGGCUAGAGUUCUGGAGUGCCUCAUGUCCAUAGCGGCUCUCUAUGGCGAGAACUUCCUCCUGUUGCAGUAUUUCCCGCACAUAAGCGAACUGAUUGGACUGUGCUCGAAACGGAUAACUGGCAGCCUGGAGGGAGCCAUUAUCAGUUCCCUGCAGCUGCUCAAGUACAUGGUCCCAUGUCUGACCGAUGCCAGCAUCAUGGAGCACCUGCAGCACAUCUUGCUGGAGGCCAUUCUUCUGCCCAUCCUGCGGCUGUUGAGCUCCACAAAUCUUCUGAUGCCAAGUGGUUACCUGGGACGCUCUUUGCUGGCACGAAAGUUUCUCGAUGCGAUUUAUGCUCUCAGUGUGCGCCUAGGUUCGGAUAUGACCCGGGAGCACCUGUGUCAGUCGCUGUUAAGUCCGUUUUUCCUGAUCUUCAACAAGGCUUUUGGUCUGCCAAAUGACUUUGCCUGCGAUCUGGCUAAUCUUUCGCUGGUCGGUGGUGCAUCGCAGCAGGAACGUGCCCUGGUGGAGUUGAGGGAUGUGUUUGGGCCAGAGCUGGCGCAUACUGCUUAUCUCUCCUUCCUUCGAUUCCUGGGCGAGGCCAACAUGAAGAGGACUCUGAGCAAUCUGGAAUUCGUUCUGACCUUGUGUCACGAACACGAGCAACCCAGUGGGAACGAGCAGAGCCAAACUCAACUGGCGACCAGUGUGAGUUCUGGCCAAGAUGUGGACUCUCUAGAUGUCAGUUGCGAACUGGCCGCCAAUAGCUUUGGCACCCAGAUCGUUGGAAAUCGGCUGCAAGUGGCCAGGAACAACGUGGAACUGAUCGACAUGGUGGCAUACAAGCUGGACCAAAUGCCCAAUACGAGGCAUCUGAAAGGCAACUGGUUGGCUUACUGGCGCAACGAGACAACGCGCAGUGAGAAGGAUAAUCAAACGCUCAAUCUCAAGCAGAUCCGGCUGCAGUCAUUUGUGGGUCACACCAACUCAGUGAGGGCUAUUUAUGCUCUGGACAAUGAGAACAGCUUCAUAUCCGCCUCCAAGGACAAAACCGUCAAGCUGUGGUCACUGCGUAGCGAAGGCGAUGGCCGGAAGACCACCGCCUGUCAGUUUACUUACACGGCGCACAAGAAGUCCAUCAAUUCCCUGGGCUUCCUGGAAUCCCUGCGUUAUGUGGUCUCCUGUGACUCGGGAAUUCAUUUAUGGGAUCCGUUUAUUGGAAGACCUCUUGGCAUACUAGAUUCUCCUCGUCACAGUGCCGUGACAGUGGUCAAAUGCUUACCCUCGCAUUCCCCGCUGGUAAUAGCCGGCACAGCAGAGUCCACGGUGAAGAUGGUCGACGCCAGAAGUUUGGAGUACGUAAACGAGUGGCGGGUAUGCAAUGCUACCCUGCCCAAUGCCACAGUCCGCUGCCUGGCUGUGGCUCCAUCCGGAAAUUGGUUGGCCGCAGGACUUUCCUCUGGAUGUAUCGUUCAGCUGGACACGCGCACUGGUAUGGUGAUCAACUCCUGGCGACCCAUGGAAUGUGAUCUGCUGCAGCUGGCAGCACCGAGUGAUCAGUUCCUGGUGAGCUCCGCUUUGGAUCACAGCCUGGCUGUUUGGCAUGCCCUGGAUGGCAUCAUGCACUACCAACUGAAACCUCCCCCAGAACCCGCCCAUUUCCUGCAGAGUGUUGGCUCUUCUUUGGUCUACGCUACCACUGGCAACCGCGUUGGAGUCUAUGCGGAUGUGGCCCAUUCCCACGCCUUCAACACGAUCACCAAACUUCGCUCGGAGACAUUCCGCGGUGUGCUCACCUCCCUGGCUGUGUUGCCCCUGAAUCGAGCCUUCCUCGCUGGCAACGAGAGCGGAAACAUUGCCCUCCUUUGUUAGAAAGCGGCUAAUGCUUGUACCAUAAUUCGAUAUUAUAUUCUAAUUUAUUUUAUAUCAAAUUGCACCAAAUAUUAUGUUAAUGCAGGAAACACAGGCUGGACGUCGCUAGAAAUAUCCUAACCCGAUUAAUUUAUGUAUUGAGGUGGUGCUUGCAACGCAACUUUUGAAUUUACCAUCGCACAAUUAACCCAGUCGAACAGUGGAACACUUCUAGCGACGUUCUAUAAGCAUAAAGAAAUUAGUUCUUAUACUCAAAGCUAUAAUUAUACAAUGUAAGCAUUCCAGAUCCACAAUGUGUGUAUAGUUAUCUGUGUAUCUGUACAAAUGAAGACAAAAUUGUAUUUACAAGUUAUUACUUAAGCUGGAAAGAGGUAAAAUAUUUAUAUAGAAAUAUACGAACACAACAAAAAUGUCAAGUUAAA